AUGAAGGGUAGCCAAAUAAAUUACUGCGUCCCCAAAGAUGAUGAAAUAAAUAGCUUUUUAGACAAAGUCGAUAAUGUUACAUUAAAAAUAAAAAAUUUAUUAGAAGGAAAAAUAAGUGUAGACGAAAUUGAACAAGAAGAAAAAAGAUUAAGUCUUGAAAAACGAGCUAAAGAAAUAAAGGAAGAAGAAAAAAAAGAAAAAGAAAAAGAAAAUUUUAUAAUGGGUAAAAGAGGAGGUGGUGAUAAAGAUAAUUAUUUAUAUUUUUGUAAAUCGUGUUUAGUUGAAUUUAAUUAUAAAUUAGAUUUUUGUAAAAGGUGUAACAAUGCAGUAAUAACUAAAGAUGAAAGAAAAAAAGAAUUAUUUGAUAAAGUUGAAAAUUAUAAAUUUUUAAAAAAUAAAAGAAAUGAAAGACGAGAAAUAUGGAAUAAAUAUUUAGCUUCAUCUCAAAAUAAUAAAAAAAUUACAAGUUAUGAGAAAUGGGAUUAUUAUGAACCGAGUAGUGAUACAUUUGAUGAAGAUGAAAAAACAUUAUGUUUACCUAAACAAGAUAAAAAUUUUCAAAUUCUAGAAAAAAAAAUUGAUGAUGAUAUACAAAAAAGAAAAGAAAAAAAACAAAUUGCCGAUCGUAUAAAAUUAAAUGGAAAUAAAUAUUUUAAAGAAAAAAAAUAUAUACAAGCUAUUGAAUGCUAUAAUAAUGUAAUUGAUAUAUGUAAAGAUUAUUUAGAGGCUUAUAAUAAUUUAGCUUUAUGUUAUAUUAAAACAUAUAGAUAUGAACAAGCCAUUGAAAAUUGCAACCAAAUUAUUGAUUAUUAUAAUUUAUUUAAUUCCAAUUUUUCUAUAAGCAAAGAUAUAUUAUUUAAAGCAUAUUUUAGAAAAGGUUUUUCAUUUUAUAAACUAUUAUUAUUCGAUAAAGCACUAAACAAUUUUAACUUGGCAAUUUCAUUCAAUAAUUAUGAUACUGAAUUAUUGGAAUUAACAAACAAAUGCAAACUUAUAGUUCUUGAUCAAACAAAAUAUACUUCCUCUAAUUCAGAUCAUGCAUGUCUAUCCAAUUUUGACAAUAUUGAGGAUAUAUUUAUAAAACUCGAAAAUAUAGACAUAAUAAAAAAAGAAAAAACAUUUCUAGCCGAAUUAAAGAAUGUUAAAAAUGUUGUAAAAAAAAAUGAACUUGAAAGAUUAAAGUUUUGCUCCUAUUUAUACAAAAAAAAAAAUGAUAAACAAAUUUCAGUUGAUAAGACAAAACAUAUUUCUAGAGGCGUCACCUUUUUAGUAUUUCUUGUUCAGAAGCUUAAAGAAAUAAUGAUUUACAUAAAUCGACAAUUUGGAAUGGAUAUUUUGUCAAAAAAUGUGGGACUGGGUGAUGAAAAAUGGCUUACCACCACCAACACAAACAAAAAUUGUGUGUCUAAAAAUUUAAUAAAAUGUACUAACACAAUAAUUGACAUAAUAAUGAUUGUGCUAAAUAAAAAUUAUUAUUAUUCCGAUUUUUGUAUUGAAUGUGUAAAACCUAUUUUAAUUUUUUAUUUUAUAAGAACUAAAUUUGAUAAGUUAAAAUGUGCAUAUUUUUUACAUUCUAUUUCACAAAAUGCUAAUGCAAGGAAACAUUUUGAUGAAGAUAUUUUUCAAAUUUACGACAUUACAUUAGAGAAUUUUUUUAUUCUUAUAAAUAAUUAUAUACAAAAAGAAUUGGAAACAUAUGAUGAAGGACGAAAAAAAAAAUAUGAACAUGUAAGAAAUAAAAUAAUAACAUCAGAGCAAAUAUCUAAAUUUGACAUUAACAAGGAAUAUAUUAUUAGUUCUCAAAAUUGUAAAGACUUUAAAAAAAAUGAAAAAAAGGAUAAUUUUGAAAAAAAAAUAAUAGACAUGUGUAAAGAAAAAUACGAAAUUGUAAACUUAUUUGGUAUUCUAUCUAAUUUGGCACUUAGUCCUAAUAUAUUAAAUAUGAUAGAAAAAAAAUUUAUAAAAUAUUUAUUGAAUAUUAUUAUUUAUAUUAUCGAGCUAUUUUAUUAUGCCGAAAAAAAUGUUAAUACAUAUUAUUUAUCCUUUUUUAUAAAUACAUUAAAAAGUAAACAAAUACAAUUACUUUUUGUUAACACAAUUUUGGAUGAUAUAUUUUAUUUUAUUUCAAAUUUACAAAAUAUAGAUAUUCUUAAAAGUGUGUUAACUAUUAUAUUAAAUUUAACUAUGGGAUGGAAUGAAGAACUAGCUAUUUCUACAGCUAGCCAAAAUAAAAAAAAAAUAAAAAAAAAAAUUAGCCAAAAUUGCUUUAAAAAAAUUAUUACCUUAAUUAAUUCAAAUGAUAAAGAUAUUAGAGAUACAGCUUUUUUACUUUUAUCUCGUUUUUAUUUAUAUUCGUAUUUUGGACAUAUUUCAAUAGAAGGAAUUUCCACUAACAAUGAAAAAAAUACAUUACAAAAUGGAAACCCUCAGUUAAAAGACAAACUGUUAAGGGAAAAUGAAAUGGCUAUAAAACUGGAUGAUCAUACAUUUUCUAUUUUUAUAAAUAGAAUAUAUUUUUUAUUUAAAAAUAAAAUAUAUUUAGAAAAAGCUUGUAUAAAUUUUGUAAGCAAUUUAUCGAAAUACACGAAUUUUAUAAAUAUGUGUUUAUUACCAAAAAAUAAAAAUAACAAUGAAAUAUAUAAUUAUUUUUAUAAUAUUUUAGAAUAUAUUAAUUAUAUAUAUUCAGAAAAUUGGAAAAAUAACGAAUAUAAUAUGGAAAAAGACAUCCCCAUUGUUUUUAACAGUACUCUUAUUUUUUUUAUACAACUGUUAAAAAAUUUUUUUAUCACAAAUAUAUCCAAUAAAUAUGAAGAUAUAAUCAAAAUUAUAAAAAAAAAUAUUCCAUACAUAGUUACUAAAAUGGAUAGUGUAGAAAAAAAGAUAAAUAAAAAUAUAUCGAUUUUUCUUUCUUACUGUUUUUUAACACCUGAAUUAAAAUCCGAGGUUAUGCAUGUGUAUGGCAACGACACGAAUCAAAUCCAUCGCGCACUGAUUGGGUAA